GCCACGAUUGGACGACCUCUUGGUAGUCAGCUGCAGCAGCUUUAACGUGUAACAGUUGUAAUAAUUUACUAUAAUGUCGUCUGUAGUGACACCAGGAGAACACAAUUAGAUGAGUGAUUAUGGUAGACUGUCUCCCUCGUUCUGGCGACACCAUGACGUCAGCAGCUCACGAGAAUCUGGGUCUGCAUGCGUCAUCGAUCCAUGGAAACGCACGGUACUGUGAACUGAAAAUUUAAUGUUUUGUGUCGCUGCUGAAUCUUCUUUGUUAAAAAGUGUUCCAUUUUAAGAUUGCGCAUGCAUUUUGCCAGUUAUUGAUCGUGAAUUGAUUAGCAGUAAACACAAAAUGCAAAGGAUGUCAAUUUUACUUUUGUAAACGUGCAAAUAGCAGGGAUUAAUAAAUGUGUCUAAGCAUAUUCAUUCAAACUGUAAUAAUAAAACUCGAUGUCUUAUUGCAAUAUUUUGUUGUGAAUAAUGGAUUUUCAUGAGCGGUUUAAAGACAGAACGACACGACGAUGAUGUGUAAUUUACGCAUCGUAAACAAAGCAGUGUGAGAUGCCAUCGACCGACUAUUAUCAGGCUGUUGUCGACCAAAACAUAGACAACGGUUCGUGUAGCAGCCGAAACCAAGCCUAUUCCAUCCAGCCGAACCCGGACUUAUCAGCGAUUCAUUCUGAAGUCUGCGACAAUAAUGACAGCAGCAUGACGUUCUCCAAGAAUAACUCGGACAUCAAAAAAGACAAGGACAGCUCGUGUGGGGCGGAUCAAAAACCGAAGACACGCAUUGACUUUGGGGAACAUUUUCCUGAUGGAGGUUGGGGUUGGGUGAUAACCGUGGCCGCUACAGUAGUGUAUGUCUUGUGUAGCGGCAUUCAUUACGCCUUUGGAAUCUUUUAUCUGAGCAUACAGAAGGAGAAGAAGAUAAAAAUGACUGAUAUGCACAUAGUAUGGUUAGGAACAUCAGGACUGAGCAUCUCGCUUCUCCUUACCCCUGCAGUAGUAACAAUAUGCCAGAGGAAAAGUACACGAUCCUGUGCAGUUGUAGGGGGCGUAAUUUGUUCCUUAGGGGUGCUUCUUUUGUCCUUCUCGAACAAGGUCGAUCAGCUGUUUAUCAUCUACUGUGGGAUCUUGUCGGCGGGGACGGGAAUUUCCCUCAGUGCCGCCGGCAUUAUCGUGGGCCGAUACUUUCUUCAGAGGCGUGAACUUGCGGAGAUGAUAAUGGCAUGUGGCACUGGUGCUGGGGCUGUUAUAAUGGCUCUCGUCAUAUACGGACUUAAUAGGUCUAUGGUCUGGAUGAAAACCAUGCAGUGUUCUGUGGGCAUCUUCAUUCUAACUAUUGUAGCUGGCGCAUUGUAUCGUCCUGCAUCCAUGUACCAUCCUCGCAGAAAAAUGAUCAUGCAUAUCAAAAGCCAGAAAAAGGGCAGAAGAGACCACGAAGAGGCGGAACCGUCAUAUUUUGAUUUUAGUGCUCUGCGCAUGCGUGGUUUACAAGCUCUGAUGAUCAUUUCCGGUAUAGCUGCCUUUGGGAUUUAUGUGCCAUUCAUCAUCUUGAUUAAAAUUGGAUACGAUCGGAAAAUGGCGGAUGUUGACCUGCUUCUUAUCAUUGUUUACCUAGGCCUUGGUUUUGUUCUUGGGGUCGUUGCUCAAGGUUAUAUUAUUAUCAAAGACAGCAAAAGCUGUUCCAUCUGCCGGCGCUGCCUCUGUCAGGCGAACUGUCUGGCUUGUGGCGUUCUGACGCUUCUCCUGUUGUUGGAGAAAGACUACAAUUCCUUUGCACUGUAUGCCUGGGGUUUCGGCAUUUUCUGUGGGGGAUAUUUUUACACACUUAAAAUGUACACUUAUGAAAUUGUGAAGUUUAAAAUAAUGGAGAGAGCCUGGGGAUUUGUGUGUGCUGCUCAAUUUUUACCAAUUCUCAUUGGAUCACCGAUAUCAUUGUAUCUGAACAGUAAUCACGAAAACGAACAUGCUGGAUUUAUUUUUGCCGGUGUUGCGAUGGUGCUAGCAGGACUUUUGUUUUUCCUCAUGCCAGCAUUUGAGAAACAUAAAUCGAAUUCAGAGGUCAGACAAAUGGCAAAGAAUACGUGCAGCAAAAAUAGUACAGAAGCUGCCGCUCUCUUGGACCUUGAUUUGACCGAUGCCAUGGUUACCAAACCCCUUAACAACGUACAGUUUAUCGUCUCUCCAGCGCGACUUAAACACACCAACAAAGAGGCGGGAAAGUUUCAAAUGCAGUGUUUUAUUCAUCAGAAGGAGAAAGAAAAACCUAAACAAAUUGUGCUGUCUAAAAUAACAGAAGAAAAGGAGGGUUUAAGACUCGAUUUCAAUGAAGUUUCACAUGGAUCUGUUGCUUCUAAACAAAAUGACAGCGGUGUACAAGACAAAAGUGAGGCGGAUCCAAGAAAACCUAACGUUACAGAUUUCCCCUCAGACAGUGUGCAGUCUAGUAACACGGGAAAAUCCAGCUCUGACAGUGGUAAUUCAAAAUCUGAAAGCAGAAAACUUAAGAAGAAUAUAGAUAAUGUCAAAAUCGAACUCUUUGAUCCGCCAAGCCAGGAAAAGGAAUCUACGGCGACAGUUUCGUACGAUAGUGAUUUGUACAUUAAUUUGUGCGAAGCUCAAGUUUAACCAUUUUAGCUUAAGUGAAAUCCAUACAUUAAACUUGAUUUUUUUUAAAUAUUGUUCAGAAUGCAUUUCUUGACAUUUUUGAACAGUAUAAAGCCUGCAUGGUUAUCGAGUUUAUCGAAACCUUUGGCCACAUUAGAAAUGAGGGUGGUGUACAGAAAUUAUUGGUGGUAUACAGAAUCAUUGGUUAUGAUACCAAAACGGGCCAUUGAGUUUAGACAACCACAUUGAAAAGACGGUCAAUAUUAUUGAUUUCGGUGACUGGUUUUGCGUCAAAACGUGCUAUACUUUGCAUUUAUGAUACUGGUAUAUGAACUGGAUACGAGUGACACCGUGUUCGUCAAGGUAUGAAUGUCGAGGAUUUUUGGGUGAAAAUGUACGGAGAAUGAUUGCUGUAAGGCAAGUUUUCCGUGACGAGGCUUUACGUGAAGUAUUGUAUGAAAAGUUAUAUUUAUUCAUACUAUUACGACAUGGAUAUACAUACAUGUACUGUAAAGAGGCGUCUUUUAAACAGGAUAUACGAAGUGAUUAUUCCUGUGAAUCGACCAGUCUCAGACAUUGACAUAAUGAUCAUGCAUUUUCCCAAAUGUAUACACUCUUUCUUUAACAAUUUCAGAAUCAUUCCACUAAAUCUAUGUUAAGUUUGCCUUGGAUGUAAGUUUUGCUAGCGAUACUGAUAAGUGAGCUUAUAUGCGAUGAUAGAGUUUCUGUCGUCCAGUUGUAUCAGUCUUUUAAUCAGGAAAUAAUAUUUGAAAGUGCUAAUCCUCCUGCAGCUUUUUUCCUGAAUUAUAUUUAACUUUUUAAAAUAGUUUUGAUUUCGAUAACGUUUAUGAUUUUUAAGAAUGAAACUAUCUUUGAUAACUUGGAAAUUCUUCAAACUUUACAAUCCUAAUGAAUUGGAUUUGUGACAACUUACAACUACACUUGUACAUUAUGUGAAGGUCAAAUGUCUUGGUUACUUAAAAAAAACAAAAUUCCUUUGAUUUAAAAAAAAACUCAUCCUCAUACACAAUUAGACUACAUUUAAUUGUCCACCUGUGUAUAUUUAUUAAUUUCCAAUGAAAUUGGAACAACACAUGUAAUUUGUCCUACAAUGUCUUUGAAUUCCAUAAAGUUUGGUAUACAAUUAGAUUACACCAUAGACCAUAAAUCUGUGCUGUCAUUGUUACCAAAAAAGAAUCAUUUUUCUAACAACCUCUCGAUUACUUGGUACUGUUUGAAAUUUGUAACUAAAACAACAGUGAAUAUAUAAAGGCUACUAUUAAUCAUGUUUUCGCGUGAACUUUAUUUUAGUGUUAUCACGCGAGGCAGUGUGCUCGCGAAAAUUUCAUUCUCGCAUUUAUAAGUAUUCCUUUGGGAUUCGAGAAAAAAAUUGUCUCACUAAUAAAGAGUUAAUGACUAUCUCGCGAAAAUUAAAUGAUCUACAGUAUAUUUACUUUACAUCCCUGGUGUGCGUUCCAUGGAUAUAGGUAAUGUAAAGAUGGAAACGUUAACGAUUUGAAAACGUUGACGAAAUCGACCAUUUCCAAUAAUAUACGUGUACUCGGUUUCAACUCGUCAAUUUUCACAUUCCUCUCAAAAAGCAGUGUUGGAUGCGUAGAUCCUCAACGUUUCUACUUGGUAUAAUUUCGUUUAAUCAUAAAUAAAUCUUCUUCAAACUUUCAAAUCGUCAAUAUAUGUACUUAUACAAGUAUGUUUAGAAGAAAUCGAGAUUUUCACACUUUUAUAACGGGGGUUCCCGAUACAAUUCUCCUUCUGACACUGUUAUUUAGUACAAAUCAGUAGAGCUUCGGCCUCUUCAGGAAAUGUCUUAAUGAAUAUGAAUUUUUCUCUUUAUUUAAUCAAUGUUAAUACACUGCAUAUGAUUUAUAUAUCUCAUUUUGGAAAUUUUAUUUGUAAAAUUUAACUAUUUUCCGUCUUUUUGUACUAAUACAAAAGUUCAUUUUGAAUAUUUUAAAUAAUAUUUCUGAGAUAUAUUUAUGUACAAAA